CAAAGCAAAAAAAAAGAAAAAGCUAUGACGACAUUUAUAAAAUAAAAAGAGGACCUGAAACACUUGACACAACACCUUAUUCCUCAACCUCUUAUUCUUCUCCUCCUCCCUCCUUAUCAAAAAGCUCUCUCACGCACCGCCUCUACGCUGCUCUUAUCGGCCAUAGACAUUCUCAUAGCCUUACUACACUGUUAUGUAGGUUAUAUAUAUAUUAUUAUGAUUCGGGUAAAUAUUAGUAUUAUAAGAGUAUAUAAACAGGACCCAUGCCCCCACGAGUCUUGUUUUGUUGGCCAGCUAAUAUCUCGCAUCCGCCAAAAAUAAAAGCUCACAUCUUUUCUUUGUAACCCCAAAAUCCAAAAGGCCAAAGAGACUAUCUUUCUUACUUAUUUAUCUCUCUCUUCUCCCGAAAAGCCCCUUAACAAGCUUUUGCUUUGAUAUCAGAUCUCUCUCUCUCUCUACUCUCACGCUUUUGAGAUGCGUGCUCCUUUAGGGCUUUCCUUUUAUACCCCAAAACGAGGCCUCUCCUUCUCUCAUCUCUCUCUCUCCCCUUUCUCUCAUACGCUAUAACCGACCGGAGAGAGGAUCCCAGAUGUCGUCGAGUGUGGUGAUGGAGGAGGAGAUACAAUGCGGGUCUACGUUGUUCGAGCAAGAGGAGCUACAAGAGAUGAGUGGGGUCAACGUUUGUGGCGGUUACGUUGAGGUCAUGUGUGGUUGUACUAGCCACCGCUACGGCGAUGCCGUUGCUAGGCUUAGGGUUUUCCCCAACGGAGAUCUCGAAAUCACCUGCGAAUGCACGCCUGGAUGUGACCAAGACAAGUUAACACCAGCUGCGUUUGAGAAGCAUUCUGGCAGAGAAACGGCUAGGAAAUGGAAGAACAACGUGUGGGUUAUCGUUGGAGGAGAAAAAGUUCCAUUGUCAAAGACAGUAUUGCUCAAAUACUACAACGAAGCAUCAAAGAAGUUGAAUAGAUCAAACAAAUCACAAGGCACAAAAGUGUUCCACAGAGAUGAGUUUGUUGGGUGCAUCGAAUGCGGUAAAGAGAGGAGGUUCAGGUUGAGGAGCAGAGACGAAUGCCGCUUGCACCACAACGCAAUGGCUGAUCCAAACUGGAAAUGCUCAGACUUUCCAUACGACAAGAUAACAUGUGAGGCAGAGGAAGAGAGAGGAAGCAGGAAAGUGUAUAAAGGCUGCACACGUUCACCAACUUGCAAAGGCUGCACCUCUUGCGUCUGCUUUGGCUGCGAGUUAUGCCGUUUCUCUGAUUGUUCUUGCCAGACCUGCGUCGACUUCACCAGCAACGUCAAGGCUUGAAGAAAACCAAACGUUUACCAAUGAAAAAUGUCUUAGAGAGAGACUUGGUUGCAUUUAAUAUUUUAUUAUUCUAUAAUUCUGAACUGUUAUAUCUACUGGUUAUCUUAUGGGUCGUUGAAUGGAGCAGUUGGAAAAGUUAAAACAAAAAUAAAAGUUGAUUUUCCUA